GCAGCAGCACCAACACCAACACCGGCAGAGCCAUGGCGAUGAUAGUCUUCGAUGCAUGGAGUUCAUCCGCCCCACCUCCCACGCAUGAACAUGACAAGGGGCUCGCGCUCGCUAUUAUCGCUGACCAACAGAAUAUGGGGGUUGACGAAUGCGAUGAUCCAGAGAGCAAGGUCGACUAUGUACCUCUCAAUGAGGAGGAGCUCGCGCUCACCACUAUUGCUGGCCAACAGCCCACGGCGGCUGACGAAUGCGGUGAUCCAGAGAGCGAGGUCGACUUUGUCCCUCUCAGAGUCGUGAGGCCGGAUGAUGAGCAGCCAAAGCAUCCUGGCGGGCGGGUUAAAGUGUGUGCACAUAAACCCAGGACGAAGAAAGUGAAGAGAACGCGGCUGGCAGAUUCCAAGAGUGACAAGGGUGAUAAUUUUGCGCCAAUGGGGAAGAGAGGGAGGCCGACACGCGCCAAGUCUGCUAAGAGCAAGACGUGGUGUAACACGGAGUUUGUUUACGGCGACAACAUCAACAUUAGUAGCAGUAGUGAGAGCGAUAGCGAGGGAAACAAAGAUGCUGAUUAUAAUCCUACGAGGAAGACAGGUAGGCUGGUACGCGCCAAGUCUGUCAAGAGUAAUAUGUGGCGUAAACCGGAGUUUGUUUACGGUGACAACCUCGACAUUAGCAGUAGUGCGAGCGAGACUGAGGGAAACAAAGAUGAUGAUUAUGAUCCGAUGGCAUCCGACAUUGAUGGCCACCCAAAGAAAUGUGCAAGAAGAUCUCGAGGGAGGCCAACACGCGCCAAGUCAGCUAAGAGCAAGAUGUGGCGUAAACCAGAGUUUGUUAACAGUGACAACAUUAACAUUAGUAGCAAUGGUGAGAGCGAGAGCGAGAGAAACAAAGAUGAUGAUUAUGAUCCAACGGCACCUGACGCUGAUGGCCACCGCCAGAAAUAUGCAAGCUCCCAUGACAUACGUGGCUCUGCUUUCGAAAGAGCUUCGGAGGUAAUGAAGAAAUUGACAGGAAAAGGAGCAAGCUUCAUCAAGCUUAUGCAACCCUCACACGUCGAUAGGGUUUUCUGGCUUGGUAUCCCGCGUAAAUUUUGCAAAGAGCAUCUUCCGGAGAAAGACACUCUGAUGACCCUAGAAGAUGAAGAAGGACGGAGUUACAAUGCAAACUACCUUGUCGCUAGGGAUGGACUUAGCGGCGGGUGGAAAAACUUUGCAGAAAGGCAUAGCCUUAAGGUCGACGACACCCUCGUCUUUCGACUCGUGAGCUCGGAAAAAUUCAAGGUGUAUAUAGUAAGAGAGAAUGAGCUGACGACAACUGAUGAUAAUGUCAACUCCAAGGAGGAGGAUCCAAAUAUUACUACCGGGGUCAGCGGCACAAGAGCCAACGACGACAGCAACAACGAGAUCGACCUAGUAGCAGCCAAUGAUGAUGGGCUGCCGUCGGUAGAGAAUAUGAGACUGAGAGCCCUCGCGUCAAAGAUGGCGACUGUCCAGGAUGCUCUCAAGGCGGUGAAUGAGGAGGUGGGGGAGCUGGAGUUGAGCGUGAAGAAGGCCGUGCAGGCUGUGCGGCGGAUGACAACCUGACCAUGGUGACAAAAAUAUCACCAACUUGUGCAUGCAGAUCUUGAGUAACUAUCUAGGACGGUGUUUUCAUGUGCACAUCAGCUUCAACUUUUGCAACAGGAAAGGUGUUUUAUCAUGUAUAUGUGUGCCAGACAGCUACUGAACAUGCAUAUGGAUGCCUGUUUUGGUUGCAGUUUUUCUUGGUCAAAUCAAAAAUCUUUGCAUGCAGUUUCUUUAAAUAGAUCAAGUCUGUAGAGCCAAAUUCUA